AUGGCGGGCUAUGACAUUGAAGAUGGGGCACUGAAGUCCUGCCAAAGCAAGGACUCAGUCUUCAGCAAUCGCUCCUGUAGCCAUUGCUCAGUCAGUGGAAGCGGCGUGGCCUUGUUCGACACACCUGGCUUCGUUCAGGGCGCGCAACGCAGCAGUCCUUUCAUUGACCCCAUUGGCACCUCUGUCUUCGAGCUGUUGAAGAUUGGCAUCGGCCCAUCGAGCAGUCACACCGUCGGGCCCAUGUUGGCGUGCCGGAACUUCGCGAAGCGCUUGGCCAAGCAGAAUCUCUUGAGCGAACUCUCCACGAUCUUGGUGGAACUUCGGGGUUCAUUGGCACUCACCGGCAUUGGGCACGGCACCAACAAGGCCUGCGUCCUGGGACUGCACGGCGUGGCGCCCGCAGAGGUCGAUCCGGCGACGAUUGAGCCUUUCCUGCUGGAUGUGAAGGAGCGAGGCAAGCUGCUGGUGGGCUUCAAGAGCGACUUCAAGGAGAUCACCUUCUCCGAGGAGGACGACAUUCUGCUGGUGGCAGAGGAGCUGCCGUUGCAUCCCAAUGCCAUGAUUUGUCGUGCGCUCUCAGCGGACUACUCCUGUUUGUUGGAGGUUCGUUACUACUCCACGGGUGGAGGCUUCAUCCUCUCAGAGGAAGAGAUGCUUGCAGCUGGACAAAGUGCCGGGAGCGCAAGCCGGUCCUUCCCCAUAGCAUUUCGGAGCAUGGCGGAGCUGCUAUCUAUUUGUGAAGAAAGGAACGUGGACAUUGCAUCGGUGGUGCGCACCAAUGAGGAGGCGCGCCGCAGCCCGGAGGAAGUCUCGCUGGGCCUGGGAGAGCUCUGGGCCGUCAUGGAGCAGUGCAUCCAACGCGGGUUGGAGCCCUCCAAGGCCAAUGCCUUGCUCCCUGGCCCCUUGCAGAUCCAUCGCCAAGCCCCGCAACUCUAUGCCACCGCGCUGGAGGAACAAAGGCGAUGCGAAGCUCAAGAUUUGCGGCAGCCUGUCAUGGACGAGCUGCGCUGGUUGAAUUGUUACGCGCUGGCGGUGAUGGAAGAGAAUGCCUGCAUGGGACGCUUGGUCACGGCUCCCACCAACGGAGCCGCUGGCGUCGUUCCAGCCGUCCUGGCCUACUACAUGAGGCACCUGCGACCCACGCAGCCAGAGUCGGAGCAAAAGGAUCCUGCCACCUUCCUACUCACCGCGGCCACGGUCGGAGUCCUGGCCAAGGAGCACGCCUGCAUUUCAGGUGCUGCAGGAGGUUGCCAGGCGGAGGUGGGCACCGCCACAGCCAUGGCCGCUGCCGGUCUCAUGGCCGUGCUCAACGGCACGCCCCGCCAGGUGGCAGCAGCUGCAACCAGCGCAUUGGAACACAGCUUGGGCAUGACCUGCGACCCAGUGCUGGGAUUGGUACAGGCCCCGUGCAUCGAGCGCAACUCCAUGGGCGCCACCAAGGCGGUGAACGCCGUGGCCUUGGUCCGCUCCGGUGCCUCUCAGAGUUUGUUGGACCUGGAUGGCGUGCUGCGGGUGAUGAAGGAGACAGGCAGUGCGAUGGACAAACGGUAUCGCGAGACCGCCUUGGGCGGCCUGGCGGCGGACUACGAGCGAUCUCUGCAGGAGACUCCUCAGCUGCAAGAGGUGGUCACCAGCAGCAUGGGCUUCCAACGCAUUCAGCAUGGAACUAAGAAGCAGCUGAAAAGGCAGGUGACUUAUGAGGAUUUGGAGCAACGGUUGGUCUUCCAGCGCAUGGAGAGCCAGGCCGUCUCCAAGUGCUGA